AAAGAAAGUAGUAAACAUCUAUUGAAAACUUGAGAAAAAACAGGUGAUGAUGAAUUUACUGUGAUUCAAACAGUAUGUUGCUAUAGAUUCCAGUUUAUUUUUAAUUUAAACUGUACCACUUUAGGGUUGCUUCAAGGAAACGUCCUAAUAGUUAUACGCAUAUCUUUAUAUUUUUAGAAUAAGUGUGUGAAAAAUGGAAGAAAAUAUGUCAGAUAAUGACACAGACAGCAAAGAUGAUUGCGAUAACACUCAACCAAACAGAAAUUCAAAACGUAUAAAAAUUCAGUUCAACUUGAAUUCUGGUGAAGGAACAUCCAAUAGUACUGAGCAGGACAACACUGCUAGUGCAAGUACCAGUAAUGGGGAUAGUUCCCCUAGCCACAGAACCAGAACAAAAAGUUAUAGGAAUAGAAACUAUCGGAACACCAAUAGAGAGGAUUCCAGUGCAAGUGCCAACGAAAGUGGUGAAGAUGAAGCUGUGUCAGAGGAAGAAAAUAACACAGAAUCAAAUUUAUCUUUUGUUGAAUAUUCUUCAAGUCCAGAAAGUACAUCCACUGUAAUUCGAGAAACAGACACAGACUCUGAGGCUGAAGAACCACCAGUUUUGAAGAAGACAAAACCAAAACAUACAUGGUAUGUAGUGCCUGAAGUUAUCAAACGCCAGCUUGGCUACAGUUCGAAGUUACAUAGUGCUGAGUUAUUCAGGAACCAGUGUUAUGGUUCCUUGCAUAGUGUUCAACGCUUAGAGCUGAUGUAUAAACUAGAGGAACAUUUUGGCUGUGUUAAUAGCUUGAACUUUUAUCCAGAUGGAUCUCUCUUAGCAAGCGGUUCCGAUGAUUUGUUUGUGGUGGUGUGGGACUGGAAAGUAGGAAAAUGUCUAUUGAAAUAUAAAACAAAGCAUCUAUCGAACGUCUUCCAAAGCAAAUUUUUACAUUUGUGUGGUGAUUUACAUAUUGCCACCUGCUCAAGAGAUGGACAGGUUAGAGUGGCUCGAUUAUCAAGGGAGGGUGGUGUUAGAGAAAACAGAAAAAUUGGUAGUCAUAAAUCUGCUUGUCACAAGCUGGCAGUGUUGCCAGAUCAACCUCAUAUCAUAUUGAGUGCUGGGGAAGAUGGUUAUGUCCUUAGCCAUGACGUAAGGAAGACUAAAUCAGAUCACAUAACUACUGUAAAGAGGGAUAAUAAACCAGUACCAUUGUAUAGCAUUCACGGACAUCCUCUUAGAACACAUGAAUUUUGUGUUGGGGGACAAGAUAUUAAAGUUAGGGUUUAUGAUCAAAGAAAAUCAUCUACACCACUUCAUAUCUAUAAUCCUUUCAAAAGCGAACCAAGUCCAUACCUUAGUGGCCUCCACAUAACGUCAGCCAUGUAUAAUUACAAUGGGGAUGAAAUUCUAGCCUCUUAUAAUGAUGGAGACAUCUAUCUUUUCAAUUCAGAAUCUAUACCAGGCGAAUAUGUUCAUAAAUAUGAAGGACACAAGAAUGGUGCUACAAUCAAAGGGGUUAAUUUCUUUGGCCCAAAAUCGGAAUUUAUUGUCAGUGGUUCCGACUGUGGAAAUAUCUUUUUCUGGGAGAAGAAUACGGAAGCUAUCGUACAAUGCAUGCUUGGAGAUGAUAGUGGUGUUGUGAACUGUUUGGAGCCCCAUCCAAAACUUCCAUACAUAUGUACUAGUGGACUGGAUUGGGACGUCAAAGUUUGGGUGCCUUCAUGUGAGACUGAACCAUCAUUAGAGAAAUUACCGGAAAUUGUAAAGACAAACAAAAAAAAUAGGUUUUCUAGUUUAGGAUUGGCCUCGGAUGCACCUGUCCUCUGGAUGUUAUGGCAACACCUUAGGAGAAGUAGUAGAACACUUAGGAGAGAACUAAGAGGAAUGAAUUUUGGCCCUGAUGAUUUGGGUUUGAGCAGUGGUAGCGAUAAUGAUGAGGACAUGAAUGAUACGAAUGAUGAAGAUAUGAAUGAUACUAAUGAGGAGGAAGAUGAUGAUGAAGAUGAAGAUGAUGAGAGAUCAUUCGAUUUUACAUCAGAGUGUACAACUUCGUAAUCUUAUACUAUUAAAGAGGCAUCAAAUCUAUUGUUUGAAGAUUUACAAAGUUUCUUUGAUUUCUUAGUGUAUUCAUGUUAUUUAUAGUUUAUGAAGGAAUGCUGUUGAUAUUUUAUCUAAUAAAUAUUAUUAACUAA